GCGUCAGCUGGAGGAGCCGGAAGUGGCUGUCCAGAGGGGCGGAAGUGAGGGGAGUGUCAUGGCGGCGGUACCGCGGUGGUGCGGGAGCUGAGCGGGGAGGUCUGGGCUGCGGCCGUGAGAGAGCCCGGCGGCUCCACUGGCCUCCGGCUGCACGGGGACGGGAUAGGGUAGAGCAGUCCCGAGCUGCCCGGGGGCCCUGACGCACCGCCGGCCGUUUGUGUGCUGCGGGAAUUUCGCCGGGUUGCUUUACGUAUGAUUCUGGGGCAUGUUCUGAGUUCCCGGAAAGGACACGGUUAAACACUCCUUUCUUUUAGUCGGAAUGGAUGAAGAGAGCCUGGAAGCAGCGAUCCAGGCCUACAACGCCCAGCUGCAGCAGGUAGAGCUGGCGCUGGGGGCGGGCCAGGACCCCUCGCAGCAGUCGGACCUGAUUCAGUUGCAAGAAGACUUAAAGCAGCUGAUAGAACUGACCGAGUCCAGCCUGGUGGCUGUCAAAAAGAGCAAGCUGUUGGCUGCCUUAGAUACAAAUACCUCCUCCUCAUCCCCCCAAGUAAGUGCCCCGGAGCAGCAUGUGAACCCCAACAGUUCUGCCCAGGAUGAGGAGUAUGCUGCCUUCAAGGAAGCCAUUGCUGAGCUUGGAACUGAUGAUGAGAUUUCAGCUGAUAACAGCGAGAGAUCUUCAAAGGGAAAUGAAGAAAGCAAGGAGAAAAGUGGAUUGAAGUGCAGUGAAGAGGAGGAAGAGUCUGACAGGGAGGAGGAGGAGGAAUUGAGUGGGAUGAAGGUUAAAGCACCGUACUACAGUUCUUGGGGGACGCUGGAGUACCAUAAUGCCAUGAUUGUGGGGACAGAAUACUUGGAAGAUGGCAGUGCGGGUGUCAGAGUGCUGUAUCUCUAUCCAACUCACAAGUCCCUGAAGCCGUGCCCGUUCUUCUUGGAUGACAAGUGCAGAUUUAAAGAGAACUGUCGGUUUUCACAUGGCCAGGUGGUCUCUGUGGAGGAGCUUCAGCCAUUUCAGGAGCCCAAUCUGAGCACCCUGGAGGUGGGCUCUGCCUGCCUGGCGAAACACAGCGAUGGGAUAUGGUACACUGCAAAAAUAACUGAUAUUGACAGUGGCUACUACACUGUGAAGUUUGAUUCCCUGCUGCUAAAGGAAGCUGUUGUGGAAGGAGACAGUAUAAUUCCCCCACUACGAAGUGAAGAUGGUGCCUCAUCUGCUGAAUCUGAUGAAGACAGUGUUGAUGAUUCUGGUUAUGCUAAAGUGAUUGAUUCUGGGGUUCCAGAGAAUGGAGAAUGGGCUCCUGCAUGCAGUUCCUCUUUCGGUGGCUGGGAAGCCCACACUCGUGGCAUUGGCUCCAAACUGCUUGUUCAGAUGGGAUACGAGUUUGGGAAAGGGCUGGGGAAGAAUUCUGAGGGCCGAGUGGAGCCGGUGCAGGCGGUGGUACUUCCUCGAGGGAAGUCCCUUGACCAGUGUGCUGAGGUGCUUCAGAGGAAGAAACAGGGGAGGCUGGACCCUGGCAGUUCGAAGAAAUCCCGAGCAAAGGGAAAUAACAGCAGGAGAUCCCCUGCAGGCAGCCGCAAGCCACCCCACAACGUGUUUGACUUUCUGAAUGAGAAACUGCGAGGGAAGAGCGCUGGGGAGAGGGCUGGAGGUGUGACACUGCCAGAGAGGAAAAGCAAAGAGAUCUACCAUGCUAGCAAGAGCACCAAGAAGGCCCUGAGCGUCCGCCUCUUCCAGACGAUGGAGAAGAUUGAACAAACACAGAAGGAUAUCAAAGGAAUCCAGCAGGCCCUGGCACGCAAUAUUGGGCGGCACAGCGUUGCUACUGCUCAGCUGGAGGAGAAGCUGGCUAAUGCACACAAGCAGCUGGGGCAGCUGCAGGCCCAGGAAGCCAGUCUGCAGCGGGAGCAGAAGAAAGCAGAUACACAUAAGAAGAUGACUGAAUUCUAGUCUCUGAGGAAGGUGUUUGACUGAAGUGGUUAUCCUUCUAGCCGACCCUUGUGCUCAUGGCCUCAAAGCCCUGGUGAGCUAUCCUGCUUCUCUGGGUCUCAGGCUGCAUUCCAAGUCCAAAAACUGGGCUGAAAAGCACCAGUUCCUGAAACUGGAUGCUGCUGAGCUCUGCCGGGAAGAGGAUGAGCCCACGUCCAUCCAGCCUUGAAGUUUGUAUAAGGACUAGCUACAAGAAACACAAUUCUCUGCUAUCUUGCACACUUCUUUCCUCUCAUCACUGCAGUAGCUGGAGUGUGUAGCUGCUCAGAUGAUAACAUUGCUGGCUACGAACCAGAUGAGGAGGGCCUCUGAAAGCCCCACAUCCUGCCAUCGGUUGUGGCUUGUGUUUGCAGCCAACUGAUGAACACAAGUGGAGGCAGGGUCCCAGGCACAUUCUGGCAGAGCAGAAAAGGCAUAUGCUAGUUGAAAACAACAAAGGCAAAUUGCUUCAGCUGCUCUCUACCUUCUGUUCUUUGCUAUGGGGUUUAUCUGAGAACUCUUAAAUAAAGAGCAGUUUCUCAUCAACCUAGUGUAAUGCAUAGGCAGAAAACUGGCAGCUUAGGGGUGGGUACUAGGGGCCUCAAGCGUCGUAUUUCUUCAGUUUGACUGUAAGAGUAUCCCUAAGGCAUGCUGUAGCCUAACUGAUUGACUUGGCAUGGGGAACUGCGUGGUUCCAUGAGUGCCAGAGCUGGGGGAGCAUGACAGCAGAGUAACAGAUUCUCAAACCUCCUAGCCAGGAUCAACACUACAGGGAGCCUUGAGCUUCUGUUGUUACUUGAGUUUUUCAGUCUUAGGUGGCUCUCUGAAUGCAGAUCCUUCAUUAAGAAACCUCAGGACCCAGUCUCAGGUCAGACUGUGCCCUGAACGAGCACAAGGACCAGGAGGUGUGUGUGUGCUGAGCACACAGCCCUGCCUGGGAGCAGCCAGGUGAGGUGCCCUUCCCUGCUGCGUGGUCAGUCCUCUCCCAGGAGGGAUGUCCUCUCCCCAAGGUUGUAUUCUCUGUUGGCUGCAGCUGGCCCUUGCCCCAGAGGAGAGAUGGUGAUUUCAUCAGACCCUCUUUCUGGUGGGAUUUGUGCAUUGUAAUUGUGUUGUUUUUAAAAAAAAAAGAAUUGUUAGUGAUUUCAUGCCAGUAUCUUAAGAACACAUUUUUUUCUUAAUUAAAAAAAAAAUAA